AUGCGUGCUGUUGUCAUCAGUACUAUCUUUACGAUCUUGGCGACGUUGUUCGUGGCGCUUCGAAUAUGGACUCGAUUUAAGCUGGUGCAUAGUCCUGGAAAGGAUGAUUUAUUGAUCUGUUGCGCUUUGUUAUCCUCACUUCUCUUCUACGCAUUCCUUCUAGUCGAACGAAAUUAUGGUCUCGGUAUCCCUAGAAAAGACCUACCAGAUGAUGUUAUCAUCAACCAGCUACAUUACCUAUGGCUUUCCGUCCCAUUCUACAACCUCUCUCUCAUUCUUUCCAAACUCUCCGCUCUAUUCCUCUACAUCCGCAUUUUCCCCGGGAGACGCUUUCUGUUAGCAACAUACAUCACAAUGGGAUGUCUUAUCAUCGCAGGACUAUGGAUGGUAAUCAGCGGCUUUGUCUUCUGUAUCCCAAUCCAUGAUUUCUGGACACUCGAUCGAUCAAUCCACAAGAAAAACUGUCUACCCGAAGGACCAGUUUGGUAUUCGAACGCAGCCAUGCAGAUCCUAAGUGAUAUCGUGAUAAUGGUUCUUCCCUUACCACCCGUUUUGAAGCUGCAGCUUCCCCGCAAGCAAAAAGUGGGGAUCAUCCUCGUCUUCUGCGUUGGAAUAUUUGUCAUUGCCACCAGCUCUGCUCGUGUAUAUCAACUAAGUCACAUGAUUGACGGACACGAUCUCACAAAGACAAAUUCCGAAGCAGCAGUCUGGUCUUCUCUCGAAACUAACAUCUCGAUCAUAUGCGCCUGCCUACUACCUCUUUAUCCCCUAAUAUCUCGGGUCUUCACACUAUGUUUCCGACCCGUGCCACUCCAUUCUUCACCAGCUCCAAAAUUCCAGUCUAACACGACGGUUCUCACCGGAUCGAGGAAACCAUCUGUAUACGAUCAUCCGCCACACGGGCCAGACGGAGGUGUAUUUUUCAAUGGCGUGUUUUAUUCCGGGCCUGGAAGCUAUACGGCUAGCAUUGCGAAGAUGGACAUGAAUGACCAUGAGAAUGAGGAGAAGGAAGAUGGACAUGAGGCGGGUAUUAGAGUUGUUAGGGAGUUGAGGAUGGAGUCCGACUCUGCUGUUCCUACUGUUCCUAGUCCGAAGCUUUGGGCUCAUGAUUAUUCUAAAGAGGAGGAUGUUGAGCUUGGUGAAAUGGGGGAGGGAUCUGGGUCUAGUGCUAAAGGGACGAAUCCGAGUAUUGAGUGGGAUCUUGAUGAUUUUGAGUUUCCUGAUUACAAGGAGAGGAUGAAUGCACCUAUUUAG